AUGGAGCACGAACGCUCUCCUGAGGGAGACCUGGGUCCUGAUAGGAAGCGCCGCCGCAAAGUUCUCUCAUGUAUGGAUUGCCGUAGGAGGAAGGUUCAAUGCGAUCGGGCUCUUCCUAUAUGUGGGAGGUGUGAGAAGGCUGGCAAGCCAUGCUCAUACGAAGACGACAGUCCUUCUCAGCAGACUUCCAGCGGGCCGAGCACAUCAUGGCAUUCGCGACAACAGUCCGUUACCGUCAGCAGGGACGUCUGGGACGAUAUGUUCAACAAGCUUCUUCACCAGGAACGCGUGAUUGAGCGACUACAAGCUGCCCAUGCAAGUCCUGCCACGCCUGCGACAGUAUCAAUCGCGACGCCUCAAGCCCAUGGAGCCAGCGAGACGCCCAGCGGUGCCAACGACUCGGCUACAAAGGAAAGGAUACUAUUCAGAGGUAAAGGAUUUAAGACGACGUUCUUUGGUCCGUCUGAUCCCAGGAGUGCUAUGACGCUUAAUGCUCAUAGUUUCUUCCGAGAGGAGAUCUCUCGUAAUCCAGAACUCGUGCGUUGCAGAAGAGACGUACACAAGCUACGAGCAGUGAAGAAGAUACUGGAUAAGCAAGAAGCGCUUUCACCACGCAAGCCCCUGUUCGCCUACCUCCCGGAGCGAAUCAAAGUCGACCUUCUGGUCAGGAUGUACCUCGAAAACGUUGACUGCACCUAUGCAAUACUACAUUUUCCUACUUUCCAACGCGAGUAUGAGGAAAUGUGGCUGGAUCCACGCAAUGCGAAACCUGGUUUUGUAGCCACGGUGCUCUUGAUGAUGGCGUGUUGCCAGUGUCUUGUCCGAGGGCAACCGCAAAUGUAUAUGGCUGACAGCCCACUUUCGCGCGAGACGGCCAUCGCUCUGAUUCGUGUGUGCGAGUCUUGGGUUGACGAAUCAAGCCAAAAACAUACGUAUCUGGCCUGGUAUCAAGUUCAAUGCCUCCUUCUAAUCGCCAAACAGACUCAUCAAGUGAAAAUGAAGAGACGAUGGGUUGAGUCCGGUAAUCUUCUUCGAAUUGCCAUAUCUGCUGGUAUGCACCGAAACCCAGAGUUGCUGCAGAAGAAAUCACUGUCUUCGGCUUUCGAGCACGAGAUGAGAAAGAGAAUAUGGGCGUUUAUCGUCGAAUGGGACCUUCAAACAUCCAUGGACAGAGGAAUGCCAGCGGUGUCUCUUGAUGUCGCAAGUGACAUUAGCCCUCCUUCGAAUUUGCACGACACAGAUUUCGACGAAUCGACGACGGUCAUACGGACGUCCAGACCUCUCACAGAGAUGACCAAGAUGACAUACACUUGCUUGUCAGCACGAAGUCGAGGUUUGAGAAGGAAGGUCAUCACUAUGUUCAACCAGCCUCUGCAUCGGGUGUCUUACGAUGAGGUACUGGCAUCUACACAGGAACUCGAGCUAAAUCUGGCCUCUCUGCCUGAUUGGACGAAUGACAGACCGGCAGGGAUUAACCAAAGCAUUGCGCUCCUCCAUAUCCAACUGGAGCAGUUUCUUGUCUUGUUACAUGCUCAUGCAGCCCGCCAGGCUGUGACCAAGACGCAUGUCAAUUUCUCCAAGCAGGCCUUUAAGUCCGCUGCUGUUUCCAUCGUUAGCAAGCUUUCCGAGCUGUCUGUCCAAAAUUGCAAAUUCCUAAUCAUGGUCCGGUCCGACGUCCAGCGAGUCUUUACCUCCACAUUGGCACUAGGAGACACGGACGACAAGGACGUAUCGACGCAAGAUCUACGCAGCUUGGUACAGCCGUUCCUCGAACUUGCUGAGAAGGUUCUUGAUCUGUUCGAGGAGAAGAUCUUAAACACUGGUGGUAUUCAGUGGACCCAUACAUUCGUCGUUUACGAUAUGCUACUCUGCAAGAUCAGUCCACUGGGUCGUAACAUGCCAUCUCGACCUGGUAGUGGCAGGAUUUACGGUAUCUGCAGAAAGAUCAUGGACCACCAAGAUCCAGACUUCUCGGACAAGGCGGCACCCUUGAAGGACUCUGUGCCAACCCCUAAGAAGAACAGGCAUCGAGUCGAGGAUAAACCGACUGCACUUAUGGAAAACAACAGCACUCAACAGAUGGCUGCUCUCAGUAACGACUUUAUCCCCGACCUGAGCUUCUCUGAUUUGCUAGACUGGAGCUCGGAUGAUUGGAUGCUAUAUGCUGACACAUUCUGGUCACCCCAAAACAUGACUCAUCCGUCGCUGUCAGAACAAAGUCUGCACUAG